UCGCUUUCGCGAGAGACGCACCGCUAGCACCGCGGCGUAGGGUGCGCGGUUCGACCAGUGGCGCGGGCCACCGGCGUCGUCAACGUUGCUUGGACGACCGAGAGGAUAGCCCCCGGCGGUGGUAACGCGCGUCACUGAAUGCCAUGGGAUCCCGUCUGCGGAACCGUGACACUGCGGCCUGCUCUAUCCGUUCGCCGUGUUGGCGCACUGCCACGCUCGCUCUCGGCUAUGUCAUCGGCCUCGCCGGAAUCUGCGAUGGUUUGCGGUUGGUGCGCUUGGACAUGCCGAGCGCUGUAAUCCGUGGUGACCCUCUCUGGCUGAACUGCUCGUUCGACCUCGAGUCGGACGAGUUGUAUUCCGUGAAGUGGUACAAAAAUAACCGGGAGUUCUUCCGGUACCUGCCCAACGAAAACCCUCCAGGACAGGCGUACAGGUUGUCGGGAGUCCACGUCGACGUAAGCCGCAGUUCUGUCGGUAGCCUCUACCUGAAGGAGACCGAUCUCAAGUCAGAGGGCCUGUACGCGUGCGAAGUGUCGGCCGACGCACCUUCCUUCCAGACUAUUCGUUCGGAAAAGGAACUGAAGAUCUACGUUUUACCAAAGAAGGGCCCCGAAAUUCGCGGCACAAAGCCGCACUACCGGUUCGGGGAUGCAGUGAACGUUACCUGCCGAGCUGGUGCAUCGAAGCCGCCAGCUGUGCUGGUAUGGUACAUCAACGGCGAGCAGGUUCCCCCAUCUUUUGAGAAAGUUCACCCCAUUCUCCGCGACGAAGACCAGCUGUACCAUUCGUCCCUGGGGGUGACAUUCACGGCGGAGCCGCGCCACUUCACCUACGGCAUCAUGAAACUGAAAUGCACGGCCACCGUGUCUGAGGCAUACUCGCUAUCCAGCGAAGAGAUCGUCGCUGCGCAGGACGCUAAAAGCACGCGUUCCGAGGAUGACAAGCCCUCGAUCACGGGAGGCCAGACGAGCUACCACGUUGGCGACUUGGUGAACGUGACUUGCAGCUACUCACGAUACGGACGACCCAUAGAACUACAAUGGCAACUCAAUGACAAAGAGGUGUCCAACCGGUACCUCGUUCACUACCCAAUUCAGCGGCACGAAUCCGGCCGCCAGGUGACCUCGCUGGGACUGCGCUUCACGGUGAGGCCGAGCCACUUCGUGCACGACGAGAUGCGCAUCAAGUGCAUGGCUGUGCUGUCCGGCGCCGGCAGGAGCUCAUCCGCCUCCACGUCCUCCUCGUCAGCCGCCGCCGGCGCAAGCGGCGACUCAUACUCCGAAAGGGAGUUCGUACUCGGCAGCAGCCAUCGUUCGUCGGGACUCCACGUGCCUGGACACUACGGCGCUGUUGCGGAUUCCAACGACUCGCCGCCUUUGACGUUAGGGACUUUCACCAUACAAAGCUCAGCUACGUUGCUCCUUUUGACGCACCUGCGAACGGCAUCGUGAAAGAGCCUUCACUCAGGAUCAAAUUCGUGUGCUUGUUGUAUGCCCUUCCGUCAACCUGGGUUCUCAUCUUUCUAAAACACCGUAUUUACACUUGUUCUAACGUGCUUAACAUAAUUUACACUAUUCAUCUGGGCAUGAAAAAUAAUGUAAAUAAAACAGUGCCUUCGAUUCACGUCAUCAAUGACGCAGUUAACGGCGAACAAAGGAGUGACUGCUGCGAACAAAAUGUAAAUAUCCACAAAAACGAGUAUAAUUACAACUACCCAAAUAACAGAAGACGCGCGCUCCUAAAACCGCGAUUACACGUCGGAAGAUUGGAACCCAACAGACCUCGCAAAGCGCGCUAGAGUGAUUUUAUUAUCUUUUUUUGUAUAGUGUGGUAUUCAUUGAGAAGGACAGAGUUGCUUGAUGACGUCAUGGUGAGAGCACGCGGGUCUUCUUUUGUAUGGGAGACCGUUAGUAUGUUAGUGCAAUGCUCGUUACCACUGUGUAGUCUUGUGAGGCAAAACUGGAUAUUUCGACAAGGCAUCCAAUAUCUCAUUUCACCUAUCAUACAACAGCGGUUACCAGGUAGUACAGUGAUACAUAUACAGUAAUGAUAUUAUAUUUGAACAGAACGGUAGCUGAUCCCAAAAAGAGGAAAAUUGAAUUGUGUACCACUGCCAAGUGAAAACAGCAGAAAAAAUAGGUGAUUGUAUAAUUCGGUUUUUUGUUAAGGAAGU